AUGGCAAUGUGUUUUGAGAAACAUCCUUUUGAAAUUGAAUCAGAAGAUCGGCUUACGACUAUAAAUUCAAAAAUAUUUGAGAUUAAAAAGAAAAUACAGUUAUCAGAGGGUCAAAGAAAAUCACACUACGAAGAGAAUGAAGCCGAGAAGAAACAGAACAGCGAUCUCAUUGAUACCCUCAAGAAGGAAAUCCGUCUGAGACUCUAUGAACUUGCGCAAGCAAAGGAAAUCGUGGCAGACGAGGAAGCCCAGGUUAAGAAGUAUUUAAACGACGUGUGUUAUAUUGGUAACAAAAGUGCUGACCAGUUAAUACACAAUUUAGACUUGAAAGUGAUUGAACAGAGGAAGAUACUAGACUUACUGAAGUAUGAAAAAGGUAGUAAGAAGAAAAAGUUGCGUGAACUAGAAACGGAGUACGAGAAACUUCUAAUCGAAAGUACUAAAAGCGAUUUGGUUAAGUCUAAGAUAACAACCAGGGCUAGAAAGAAUGUAUCACACCUAGAAAAUGAAAUUCACAAAGUUCUCAUUCAGUGGACUGAAGCAGAACUAGUCAAGAAAAAGUAUUUUUCUAUCAGGCAAGCUCUCAUCGAAGACUCAGUAAAAUUUGAAAGUUCACUCUGCCGUAUUGAGGAGCUAUUGAAAAAACAAAAGGAAGAAAUUCAAAAACUAGAGGUAGUACGUGAAGAGGCAGCCGAAAUGCGCAUACGUGCAACAGCGGCCACUUCCGCGGAGGCUGCCAGGGCUCACGACGCUGAGCACGGGAGGGCGGCUGAAAGAGCCUACUUCGCGCAACGCUUCGAUGAACGGAAGCGUGAAUUGGAGAAACUGGAGAAGAGAAUAUUUCCGCCACCAGUCAGAGCUGUUCGACAAGAAUCAGCGAGAUCAACUGAAGGAGAGACGGUCGCUGAAGAUCAAUCAGCUGCCGUUCAGAUGGAAGAUAUCUUCCAAAGAUUGAUGAAACUAACCGGAGUAACAGAUCCCGAAGAAGUAUUCGACAGAUUUAGAUCCCAAAGGGAGACGUCCAAGCGGUUGAAUUAUUUACAACAGACGACAGAGGAAGAGAAGCUACAGUUGGAACAGACGCAGACUACUCUGAUGGCUGAGCUGGAGGGAUACAAAUUCGCAUCUGUUAGGGAUAAGGACGAGGGUCAAGACGAAAUACAGGAGUUGAAAGCAAAAAUAAAGGAAGAAGAAGAAAAGUAUAAGGAAUUAUUGAAGGAGUUCGAGAACCUGGAGACAUUCCUCUUGGAGAUCAAGAGAUUGGUGUACGACUUGUGCAAAAUGUUGGAUGUUGUAGGAGAACCAGCGAUGCCAGAAUGGACGGCUGAAGCUCGGGACAUUGGUGAAACCGUCUCGGUCCUAGCAGCGCGAUACAGUAAUGCCAGAAACCGCUGCAUAGAACUAGCUCCCAAACAGAAGGAUUACGCUGUCGUCGCUUCCAAUACAACAAGUGGAGCGCCCUCUGUGACCGGAGUGAGUGCUCGAAGCCCGAGCACAACGAAAGAAUCAGAGAAGGCCCUGCCAACUUACAAAGAACUCGUUACCAAAGAACCUGUAAAGGCUCCACCUUCUGACGAGGAAGAAGACAUCCCAUCCCGAUGUUAUCUGAAGCGUCAAGCUCAACUGAUCGUCGACACCAAGUGCAGGAGAAAAGGUUUCCGUACUCCAUACCCCAGGAAGUGA